AUGGAUGACUUGGAUUUGUUUGGAAAUCUUCAAGCCGUGGAAAAUUUGGAGAUCAUUGAAAUGGAUGCUGAGAUUAUACGAAAUUCUCGUGAAGCUCUAAAUCCCUUUCAACAUUUAUCUGAUGGACAGUUCAUAGGCAUGUACCGACUAUCAAAAGAGCUAUGUCAAACUGUAAUUGACAUGGUUAGGCCUUUCAUGAAGGAACCAUCUAGGCAAAGUGCAUUGACUAUUGAACGCAGGUAUAUUUCUGAAAUAAUUAAAACUAAAUAG